CCGAUGCUCAGCUACGACACAAACUGGCCAGCGGACUCGGCUGAGUUCUGUCCCUCUCCUCGUGACGAGACCAGACAUAUAUUCGCGGUUGGUACCUACAAAUUGGAACAGACGCACGAAAGUGCUGCAAGUGUUGAACCUCCGCUCCAACCACGAAAACAGCAAAGACAUGGAAGAUGUCUGGUAUACGAGGCCCUACAUGGAUUGGAAUGCAGAAAGCUCCAGGAGAUUGCAAUGCCUGCUAUAUUGGACAUGAAAUGGUUGCAUAACUCGAUAUCGUCUCUCGAGAUGCUUGCUAUAUGCGACGCGGAAGGAAGUACAUCGCUGUACAAGUGGAACAACGUAGAGAAGCGGCUCGAGAUGGCUCAGGCCAUCAGAUGUGCAUCUUCGGAUGUUCUAUGCCUAUCCCUUGAUUGGUCCAACCGCCGAACACCGUCCAGCAUGGGCAACCUGAUCGUGUCGCUUUCAAAUGGGGAGCUGGCACUUGUGCUGCCUGAUGCCGAAAACUGUAUGACGGUGGCUGAAACAUGGCAUGCGCAUGAGCACGAACCAUGGAUUGCAGCGUGGAAUUACUGGGACACGAAUAUGAUCUUCUCUGGUGGAGAUGAUCUCACCAUGAGAGCAUGGGACAUACGCCAGGGCUUCCAGCAAUCGAUAUGGAUUAAUAAACGCUUCGAUGCUGGGGUCACCACGAUCCAAAGCCAUCCUGACCUCGAGCACCUCAUUGCGGUCGGCAGUUACGACGAUAAGGUGCAGUUGUUCGACGUGCGGAAGCCAUUGAGAGCUCUUACGGAAGUUAACGUUGGCGGUGGAGCGUGGCGCGUCAAAUGGCACCCCGCUCCCACCCGCAAGCAUGAUCUACUCGUCGCCUGCAUGCACGACGGCUUCAAGGUGGUGAGAUUUAUCGGAGAUGGUGACAUCAACACGGAUGCAACCUACGAGAUUAUCAAGCGAUUUGACGCGCACGAAUCAUUGGCAUAUGGUGUCGACUGGUCGUUUGCCGGAGAAGAUGAACAGGGUCAAACGCUGAUCGCCAGUGCUUCUUUUUAUGAUCACAGAUUACACUUGUGGAAAGGUUGAUCUACAAUAACAACUCU